CCUUCCAUUUACUCUAUUAUGGACGGCUAAUUACUAAUGUGUCUGUUCAUGCACUAUAUCACCCUGUCAGUCUACCCCUGCCAAGUUUAAAAUUAGUAACUGUAAGGGUUGCACCGUCUUUGGAGGAAGUGAAGAAACGUUUCCAGUAACUUCUGCGCUUCAGUACACGAGGAAGAAUCCACAGUGUCGUCUUGGCGAUGCUGUCUCUCCGGGUUUGUCUCUGCACUCUCCUGUUGUCCGUCUCAAUCCGGGGAUACAACUAUUCGGUGAAUGGUUGGUCAAUGUCCGGUGCUGAUGUGGUAACUGCGGUAGAAGGGUCCUCAGCUGUCCUGCCGUAUACUUUCACCCACCCACCUACUGACCUCGCACUCACCGGCUCCGUGAUCUGGUACAGGAAGGAAUCAAAUGAUGAUAUUCUGUUGUUCAACUGCACAUUUCCCGGAGCCGGUGGCUUUGCGUGCGAUGAGGUGACACCGAAGGGUGGAGGAAGUCGGAUUGUAUUCGUGGGGAACAUCAGUCAGAGGGACAUAUCGAUAAUGGUGGAACGUCUGAGCCGGGAGGACAGUGACUGGUAUCGGUGCCGGGUGGAGCUUAAUAUCGGAAGGAUUGAGACUCCGAUUCCAACGGAGCUGUCUGUGAGAGUUCCCGGCGAGAGUGUUUCAGUGCUGAAUGGAACUGAAGGAGCUUCGGCCGUGUUACCCUGUGUGUUCAGAAGGCCCCGGCAUUACCCGAUCCCGUACACGGUGACGUGGAUGAGGAAGGAUCCCUACCGACACAUCGUCACCUUCAGGUACCAAGGAAGUGGAUCGUGGGCAGCAGAGAACGGAGCGACUCGGUACGAGCUCGUCGGGGACCCAGAACUGGGAAAUGCCACAACCAGGUUAAAGCAGCUGAGUGCGGAGGACAGUCACAACUACCUGUGUCUGGCCGAGUUCAGAAGAUCUGUUUACUUUUUCUCCAGUUCCUACACAGUAAACGAACCAGUUUUUUUUUUGUCCCAGUAUGAGACCCAACUGUGGAUCAGACCAGCCCCGAAGGAUUUCCCCGUUCUGAUGUUGUGUAUCCCACUCGGACUAAAAACCCUCGCCCUUUUCGUGACGGGCGUCGCUUUCUACAUUGAUAGACUCAGAACGGGACGAGACUGAGCUACCACAGGAAGCUGAGAAGACCAGUGUACCAAAAAACCAGAAGACGCUAAGAUAUAGGAGCAGAAUUAGGGCAUUUGGCCCUUCGAGUCUGCUCCGCCAUUUCAUCAUGCCUGAUCCAGUUUUCAUCCCAGCUCCAGUAUCCUGCCGUUUCCCCAUAUCCCUUCAUGCCCUGACCAAUCAAGAAUAUGUCACCAUAUUGCUAGUGUCUUCACAGUGAAGACUGAUGCAACGUACAUAUUCAGUUCGUUUACCGUUUCCUUGUGGCCCAUGAUUACCUCUCCAGCAUUAUUGUCCAGCAUCACCUCGGUACCGAUUUGAGCAAGACGGGUCCUGGUUAGAUGCUGCCGCUUGACUAUGCGUUGGACUUGCGUAAGUAAGAUUCAGGAGGAGGCCCUUCAACAGGACUGUUGAUUCAUUUUUAUUAAUGCCGCCUGACCUGCUAAAUUCCUCCAGCAUUGUGUGGGUGUUGCUGAGGAAAGGUAUAAUUCCAACAAGUGGAAUAUUUUCCUUUUCACCACCCAUUUUGUGCCCAUUAGUCCCCAUCACCUACUCAUUCCCAAAGAGGUCUAAUCUACAUCCCUUUCUUAAUAGUUCAGCAUGAACUAGAGAAGCUGAUUUGCCUCUUUCCGUGCAGUAGCUAUGACUUUUCCCUCUUAAGGGUUACAUCCCUGGUCACUGCUCACCACGGUCUCUUCAGCCUGAGUCGCUACUCCCUGAUGACCAUCCCUUCUGCCCAUGAUUGUUCCAGGGUAAACCAUGACCAACAUUAUUGAUAGACUAUAUUCACUACUCUCUGCAGUUUCUUGCAUUGUAGUGAGUUAGUAUCGCCGUAUUCGAGACAAUGAUUCUACCUGUUAGGAUACCGUUAACAGUGCGUCUGAAGAAAUGUGUUAAAUGUAUUUGGUUACAAUCCCGGAGCCUUCAAAGAAAGCAGAGACAUUGGCGUGUCCUCUUCAUAAUUGCAUCUAUGUACUGGGCCCAGAAGAAGCUAUCCCAGAUGUUAACAUACAGAAAUCUAAAGAUGUUGAUUCUCUCCAUCUUUGACUCAGUAAUACAAACUGGCAGUUCCAUUUCUGAAGUCAAUGAUUGGGUCGAUGGCUUUGCCGACGAUGAGCAAACGGUUUUAUCGCGGUACAACUCAACCAGGGCUAAGCCAGAAAUAAAUCAGCAUGACGUAGAGGACUCGAUGGGCCGAAUGGUCUAAUUCUGCUUCUGCGUCUGAUGGUCCAAUGGAUCUUUUGCGAGAAUGUGACAAAUGCGCACACGAUCAUUCGAUCUUGCUGUUAGUCUAAUGGGACUGUUACCUGCGGGGGGCGCUCUAGUAUGGCGCGGGAUUUCGAGUGCACAUGUGUCUUGGUGGACCCAUUUGGUUCCUCCCGCAUUGGAAAAUGCUGCGUGUUACCAUAACAUAACUCAGUAAAAAUG